AGGAUCAUCAUCUGUGAAACCUUUUAGGACCAGAUACGCUUACCAACUGUCAAUGAUGAUGACUCACAUGUUAACAUGCAUCUUGUUAGUGUUGAUGUAUCGUACUAGCAAUGCUGGAUUCUCAGUGACAUUACCCGGUGGUGCUAAUUCGUAUGCGCUAAAUGCAAUGAUCAAAUACAACCAGAUGCUUUAUACUGAUGGUGUUUACAAUAAAGAUACCGGUAUUUUUAUAGUUGGUGCAGGAAUGGCUGGUAAUUACUUGGUGUCUGUUUCCAUGAUGUCAGGCACGGUGACGGGUUUCACUACUCUAAAGAAGAAUAAUAUUCCUUAUGUGUAUCUAUAUACUAGACCACCAUAUGAAAUGGCAACCCAAACAGUCUACAUACAACUGGCAGUGGGAGACACGAUUUGGGUGGAAAUGACCAUCACGGCAUCGAGUCUCUUUGAUGUAUAUAACACGUUCACUGCAGUUCGUAUAUCUUAAUGUAACAUAAAAGCUAUGCAU